AUGUCCCAACCAGACAACGAGUCCACUUUUUUCGAGCGAGAACGCGACCGUCUGGCCCGAGAAAUUACAUCCAGCUUCGAGGAGUUGCUCACAUCGACCAAUGGCUUGAAUAGAAAGCUCGAAGAGGUCCUAGGAAUGACCAAGGAGUACGAUACUAUCGCGGCAUUGUGGAAUAAUUUCUAUGAACUCAUGAGACAGCCUGAUGCUGGUGACGUCUCCGUGGAAGAAAGGUCGCAUGGCCUGUCUGGCACGGGUGGCAACAUUAUAACGAUGAAAUAGCGCAGACACAAUACUAAUCAAUGACAACAAACACAAGAGCAGCCAUGGUCCAGUUGCACGUCCUACCCUACUUACAUAUUCUUCUGCACCUUCUCCCUUCUCAUAUAUCGGCCCAACCCGCAACAUAGGAGAACCCAUUGAAUUCUGCUUGGUCGCGCGAAGAGAGUUGACCAUGCACCGGUGUUAGAGUUGGUUGUUCUCGAGUGAACUCCUCGUCAAAGUUACUGGUAUCAGCACUGCCGUUCUGUAAAUAGGUUUAAUCCCGGUCCUGAUGUUAAAUUUUUCUUUACACUUACAAUUGUGGGGAAAUAAGGAGGGGGUAUGCGCUUGUUUAGUACAUCGUCG